GGGAAGUGGCGUCUGUUUCCAGCAUGGCGGCUUCCCCAGCCGAGCCGCUGCUCAGAUUACUGUAUUCACUGGUUAUCCCUGCACUGAUACUAAGUGGAGUUUUAUGUCUUUGUUUGUUGCUGCUGCUGCAUGGUUUACGGCUGUGGCUUCAGCGAAGAAAAAAUCAACUAAUUCCACCAAAGCAAGAUGGGAAAAGACCAUAUGUGGUUGCAUUUUUUCAUCCAUAUUGCAAUGCAGGUGGUGGUGGUGAACGAGUGUUAUGGUGUGCUCUAAGAGCACUGCAGAAAAAAUACAAAGAUGUCUCCUACAUUGUUUAUACUGGUGAUACUGAUGCUACAGCUGAGAAUAUCCUUGAAGGUGCCUACCGACGAUUCAACAUCAGAUUAAAUCAACCUGUGAAGUUCGUGUUUUUGAGGCGGCGCUAUCUAGUGGAAGCUUCCCUUUAUCCACAUUUCACUCUGCUAGGUCAGAGCUUGGGAUCUGUGUUUCUUGGCUGGGAAGCUCUUAUGAAGUGUGUUCCUGAUAUCUAUAUUGACUCCAUGGGUUAUGCCUUCACUCUUCCUCUCUUCAAAUAUUUAGGAGGUUGUCAGAUAGGCAGUUAUGUUCACUAUCCUACAAUCAGCACUGAUAUGCUCUCUGUAGUCAGGAAUCAGAAUGCUCGAUUUAAUAAUGCAGCCAUCAUCACAAAAAUUCCCCUGUUAAGCAAAUUGAAACUAGCAUAUUACUACCUUUUUGCUUCUAUAUAUGGCUUAGUUGGUUCCUGUAGUGAUGUUGUCAUGGUUAAUUCUUCCUGGACACUCAAUCACAUCCUUUCCCUUUGGCGGUGUAGUGACCGCACAAACAUUGUGUAUCCACCUUGUGAUGUUCAGGCCUUUCUGGAUAUUCCACUAUGUCAAAAGAGUACAGUAGAACAAACAAUUGUUUCUGUAAGCCAGUUUAGGCCAGAGAAAGACCAUGCUUUGCAGAUCAGAGCCUUUGCUAAACUGUUGGAAAGGACUGUGGGGCAGCAGCUUCUGCCAAAGCUCAUCCUGAUAGGGGGCUGUCGUAACCAAGAUGAUGAACAGCGUGUAAAUGCACUUAAAAGGCUCUGUCAAGAGUUGGGCAUUGAAAACAGGGUAGAAUUCAAAGUUAACAUUCCAUUUGAAGAGCUAAAGAAGCAUCUGGCAGAUGCAGCCAUUGGACUUCACACCAUGUGGAAUGAACACUUCGGAAUUGGUGUUGUUGAAUGUAUGGCAGCUGGCACAAUUAUCCUUGCUCACAAUUCUGGAGGGCCUAAACUGGACAUUGUGGUGCCCUAUGAAGGAAAUAUUACUGGUUUUCUAGCAGAAAAUGAAGAUAGCUAUGCAGAUGCAAUGGCUUAUAUUUUUUCUUUGUCUCCUAUGAGAAGGCUAGAAAUCAGGCAAAAUGCUCGUCAGUCUGUAAAGAGAUUUGCUGAUCAGGAAUUUGAGGAAACAUUCCUAUUAUCUGCAGAGCAGCUAUUUAAAUAAAAUAUUUGCAUACAGGUUUCUGGACAUGCUUGAAUUAUGGUACUAUACUUUUAUGUUUUUCUGAUUUACUAAUUCAGUUAUAAAGAAUGUUAAGACAUAGAUGUGGGGUCCAGGAUAUUUUGAAAGAGCAUGUUUCCACUCCAAAUUCAUAGCUUGUAUAACAAGUACAUGCAAACUCAGAUUUGAAAUAAUUAAAGAAAUUGGCAAUCUUGCCAAAGAAUAAACUACAUGGCAAAAUAUCCAGCUGUUCAGCUUGCUCUUCUAUAAAGGUAGAUGGAGCUUUACUUUUCCAAUCAUUUUUUGUGGCAUUAAGGCUUGAAUCUACAUCUUUAUGACUUGGACUACUGCAGGAUAGAAGCAUACCACUGCCACACAGAAAUCUAUCAUGUUAAUGGGACUUAAAGUCUCACUUCUCCCUAACAGCUAAUUUUGUGUAUAUGUAGGGUUUUUAAUUGGAAGAACUUUCCAUCAUUUGAGCUCAUCUCUAAAGUCUAGAUACAGGUUUAUCACCUGAGUGAGAACUAGAUCUGUCACUAAGGUUAAAUUUGUUUUUUAGUUAAGAAACCUGUACCUCUGAAUUAUUAGUGGAUAACAGCUCUACUAAGAAGCACCCAUUUUCUAAAGUCUUGACUGUCAAUAUGGAUACCAUGAGUUAUCAGAAUUUUUAAAGGAGCUACUAUCUAAAGGUGUUAACUGAUUGCUCUUUCCUGAUUAUCGCCAAUCAUGUUACUAUUGUCUUCUGAAUUUUCAUUGGGUUUUCUAAGUUCACUAUUAGAUACACUUUCCUUUUUCAGUUGAUCUGUGUCUGAUUCAGCAGGAGCUUCUAAAAUCUCCUCUUCUAGAAAGGUUACCACUUUUUCCAGGGAUUCUACCAGCUCAUUCCUCAAUUCAUCUUCAGAUUCUUCAAAGUUUCUGUAUAGUUAAUAGGAAAAAAUGGAUAUUCAGUGUUGGUGUGUUCAAUUCCAAAAUUGGUUGUGAUGUCACUUGUUCUGAACAUCUGAGGGCAGCUUCAUAUUAUGUGAAAUUGCCUUUUAAGGGUCAAGAGCUCUCAUCAGGUUCAUAGGUUGGGCUGAAUUGUCUGAAAGUACUGUCUGUAAUGCUAUUAAAUAAUCCAACAGGAAUGAUUAUGACUUUCCCUUUUCCUAUGAUGGUAGUGGCAAAUUUACCUGAUCCACUGCCAUAAUAGCAAAACUGGAGCAGUACCUUAUCAAUGUGGAGACUUCUGUUCAAAGAAAUUGCAUCUCCAUGCAGUUCUAGCCUGUCCAUUGAACCAAAGAUAGGCAUUUAGGCUCUAAGAUUUCAUGGGAGACCACUGCUUGAAUGAACUAUGUAGGAAUAGUACAGAAAUUUCACAGGUUACACAACCAACUCUGAGUUUAAAUGCUGAGUAGGCUUUUGCAAAGUUUAGUAUGGUGUGACACUUAUGUAAGUAUUUCACUCAGCUUGCUACUCAAUCUGUAUUGAUCAUAGCAUCACUUAAACAUUUGUCAACAUGCUGAUAUUCUUGCAUUAACUUAGCACAUGCCAAGCAAAUUGUACAGCAGCUGUAAGCAUCUGGAUUUGUCUAUUUGAUGUACUAUGCUAUUCAGUUGGUGUGGUUUCUGAUAUUCCCCAUCCUAAGCAUUUGUGGUUUUGCUAGAAAAUGUAAUUAUCAAAAUGCUGUUGCUGAAAAGAAGCAAACUGAAGCUUGAUUAAAUGUAAUGGCUUACGUGUCA